GCAAAGCUCAAAAAUAAAUUGAAAAUCCACUUUUAAAUCUUGUCGUGAGUACGAUAAGUCUUUAAGCGCAAUUUACUGAACAUCAAGAGGACGUACACAUGGCACAAUAUUUCCCUGGAGUAGCGCCGUUCAUUCAUCGAAAGUUUGUCCCUGAUCGCUUUCCAUACUCACUUGCCGAAAAGUUUCCAUACUAGAGGACCAACCUACUGAUUGAAAAUGGUUUCUUUUAACAGUUGACACAAGCAGAUGUCAUUGGACCAGACAUGAACCAGAAGUCAGCACGGACCAGUACCAUGACAUUGGAGAGGAAUGUGCCUGUUAUACGGCUGAAAAAUGAAGCAGAACUCAGGGAAAUUUAUGAAUUUGGAAGGAAAUUGGGUCAUGGUAGCUUUGGAGCUGUUUAUGAAGCCACCCACAUUGAGUCACAGACAAAAUGGGCUAUUAAGAUGGUUGGCAGACCAGUGGCAGGAAGUUCAAUGGUUGAGAUGGUGGAUAACGAAAUCAACAUUCUUAAACAUGUGAAUCAUGCUCACAUAAUACAUCUUGAGGCAGUCUACAACACAGCUAUGAUGAUUUAUUUUGUCACUGAGUUGUGCAAAGGAGGUGACCUGAAGAAACUGCUGCAGAAAAAAAAGUUCUUUACAGAGGAUGAGACUAGAUAUAUUAUCUCUUGUUUAUCUGAUGCAGUUUUCUAUCUUCAUAAAAGAGAUAUAGUGCACCGGGACUUGAAACUUCAGAACAUUCUUGUAAAAAAUUCUCUUGAUGAGGAUGGUGGCAGGGUCGAUAUCAAGGUAGCUGACUUUGGCUUGUCGAUGAAGAUGGGUGGUGUAGGCAUUGGGAAGAUGAUGAAGAAGGCCUGUGGGACUCUUACCUAUAUGGCACCUGAGAUGAUGAGAGGUCGUGGUUAUAGCCACUGGUGUGAUGUGUGGAGUAUAGGAGUCAUUAUGUUUAUGUUGCUGUGUGGAGAACCUCCAUUUGUUUCAGAAACAAAGGAGGACCUGCUGAAGAAGAUUAUGAACAAAGGAGUUCAAUUUACUCAACCCGCCUGGGCCGCAGUCAGUGACGCAGCAAAGCAUUUACUGACUUGCCUUCUAUGUGCGGACCCAGCCCACCGCAUGUCCGCUCAUGAACUGCUAGACAGCUCCUGGAUUACAGGUGAGAACAGUGUGCCUUCUGGUCCAACCAAUGUGCUGAAGAUGAUGUAUCACUACCAGGAAAAUGAAAAGAGGACACAGACUCUGGAGUUCUCCUCCCUCACCGAUUUUGAGGACAUGCCGGAGCCACCCCUUACCUCUUUGGUCCUUUCAAAAGAAACAGACCGUAAAUACGGGGGACAUGCUGGGCUCAGCCCUGGAAGAUGCAACUGCUCCCCCACACCCUCCACAUCCAUGCAACUGUUUCAUGCCGGUAAAAAAUGCUCCACACAGCUGAGUGCAGAACAGCGCAGCCUUCUGGACAAAAAGGACCUCAGCACAGGACAGGAACAAAACAAGGCAGAAGACCAGACAACAUCUUCCUCCAGUAAAGUAGGGCUGGACUCUGUGAAUCAUCAAUUAGCUCUGAGACCAAAAAACACUCAACAUAAAACAAAAGAAAAGAAACUUGCUACAUCACAUGAGAAAAUGUGAGAAAGAGGGAGAGAAAUAACCAAACUAGAGGUGGCCUUAUUGUGUCCAAGUGUUUUUUUAUUCUUUUAAAGAGUUUAUGCAGUUCUGUAUUUUUUAGGAGAAACAUGAAUUUGACCAUUAUGAAUGUUGCAGCCUUUAUGGUAAUGGCCAGAAACUAAGCAGUGACUCUUGUGUCAAAUAAAAGAGUCUCAAAUACAUGUGUGGAAAUAGUCCAGAAUUCCUGCACCUGAAGUUUCAGGCUCAGCAGCUCUGCCUUGUGCCAAAUCAAGAGAUCCCAGUCUGAGGUAAUUUCUCUCAAAUAGAAUGAAACUAGAAACAUAAACUAGCUAGAAACAUGCUUCAUUUCACAGCCAGUAUGACAAUCCCAGGCAGCCAAAAUACAGAUGCACACUUUGUUAUACUUUCAUCUGAUUAUUGAUACUUUGUCUCAUAAAUACAAAAUAUUUUUUAAGUUUAGACAUCCAUCUGGAAGACAUGAGGACAGCUUAUCCCUUAAUUUAACUGUAAUUCAGUCAUUUACUUACUGCCGAUAGCAAAUAACAUUGAUUUUAUGCUAUUACUUAUUUCUAGGGUUAAUGCAUGCCUUUUACAUUUUAAAGAUUCUUGGAAAUGUUCCUACUAUAUACCAAAAUAAGAAACAAGUGAAAACAAACAUGCUACAGUCAUUGACCAAAUGACAUCUUAAAGAUUGCUUUAUCAUUGUACUCUCGACUGCAGAACAAAAAGAAAUUAUACAAAAAAUAAAUAAAUACAAAAAAUGUAGUACAAAAGAUUUUUUCUGAAUAUAAUUUCACGACACCAAAAUGAGCAAAGGGGAUUUCUCUCUUUUCUUCUCUGACCUCUCUAUUCCAAAACGUUGUAUAUGCAGUGACUGCACCCACUCACUGUCAAAACAGAAAAACUGUCACACAGGCUGGUUACGCUCCAUCUGAAUGCAGAGGAUUGGGACUGAGGGCAGCCACGGGUCUAAUCUGGUUUGGAGGCCAUUGAAAGCAGCAGGAGCUACUUUGAGGGCACUGCCAUUCAAGCCCAGGUUUUUCUGCUGUAGAGAGAAUAAUCCCCAGCACAGAUACAACAUUAAAGUAUCCAAGCAUAACACACAGAGGGUGAAUUUCAAAUCCAUCCAUUUGCAUCUUGAAGUGAAUGAGUGCCAACAAUGGGCCUCUGUGUUCAUGCACAGGCUUUGUGUUUUAGAUUGUAAGUGAGAAUGUAGU